CAUGAAGACUGAAGAAGUUACAUUUUUCACAUGAUAAUUGAAGUUAAUGACUACCUACAAUAUUUUCAUGAAAAUUAAGUAUGACUUAGAAGUGUCAAAGGUUUAUGAUGUCAUCAGUUUCGACAGAAAGCAAACUUCAGCAGGCUGUCAGCCUGAAGGGAGUUGACCCAGAAACAUGCAUGAUUGUGUUUAAGAACCAUUGGGCACAGGUUGUGAAGAUCUUAGAGAAGCAUGACCCCUUGAAGAACACCCAGGCAAAAUAUGGAUCGAUCCCUCCAGAUGAGGCCAGCGCUGUGCAGAACUAUGUGGAACACAUGCUGUUCCUGCUCAUUGAAGAACAAGCCAAGGAUGCUGCCAUGGGGCCAAUUCUGGAGUUUGUGGUCUGUGAGAACAUCAUGGAGAAGCUUUUCCUCUGGAGCCUGAGGCGGGAAUUCACCGACGAAACCAAACUGGAGCAGCUGAAGAUGUAUGAGAUGCUGGUCACGCAGUCAUACCAGCCCCUGCUGCACCAUAAGCCCAUCCUGAAGCCCCUGAUGAUGCUGUUGAGCUCCUGUUCGGGGACAACCACCCCAGCCGUGGAGGCAAAGCUGGUCGUCCUGCUCAACCAGCUCUGCUCCAUCCUUGCCAAAGACCCAUCUAUUCUGGAACUCUUCUUCCACACCAGUGAGGACCAAGGGGCCGCCAACUUCCUCAUCUUCUCUCUUCUGAUACCCUUCAUUCAUCGGGAGGGCACAGUAGGCCAGCAAGCUCGGGAUGCUUUGCUGUUUAUCAUGUCUCUCUCCGCGGAGAACAGCAUGGUGGCCAAUCACAUUGUGGAGAACACCUACUUCUGUCCAGUACUUGCAACUGGACUCAGUGGCCUGUACUCGUCCCUGCCCACGAAGCUGGAAGAAAAGGGUGAGGAGUGGCAUUGCCUUCUGAAGGACGAUUGGCUCCUGCUGCCCCCCCUCGUGCAGUUCAUGAACUCUCUGGAGUUCUGUAACGCCGUCAUCCAGGUGGCCCACCCCUUGAUCCGCUCUCAGCUCGUCAGCUACAUCUACAAUGGCUUCCUGGUACCAGUGUUGGCUCCCGCCCUCCAUAAGGUGACGGUGGAAGAGGUCAUGACCACAACUGCAUACCUGGACCUUUUCCUGCGCAGCAUCUCUGAGCCAGCGCUCCUGGAGAUCUUCCUCCGUUUCAUCCUAUUGCACCAGCAUGAAAAUGUCCACAUCCUGGACACGCUCACCAGCCGAAUCAACACCCCUUUUCGGCUUUGUGUGGUGUCCCUGGCCUUGUUCCGAACUCUCAUUGGUUUGCACUGUGAAGAUGUGAUGUUGCAGCUGGUUUUAAGGUAUCUGAUCCCGUGCAAUCACAUGAUGCUGAGCCAAAGGUGGGCUGUGAAGGAAAGAGACUGUUACUCCAUGUCUGCAGCCAAGCUGCUUGCCUUGACCCCCGUCUGCUGUGCCAGCGGCAUCACCCUGACACUUGGGAACCAAGAAAGGGAUUAUAUUCUCUGGUCAAAGGGCAUGCAUGACGGCGCAGGACCCGAGGAACAGUUGCUGCCAGAAGCACCCUGCCCACCUUCUCCAACCACCCUACUUUCCCCUCCUGCCCCAGCAGCCUGCAUUGUGGAGUAUGGGAAGACCCUGGACAUCAGCUACCUGCAGUACCUGUGGGAGGCCCACACCAACAUCCUCCACUGUAUGAGGGACUGCAGGGUGUGGUCAGCCCUCUAUGAUGGGGAUUCACCUGACCCUGAGACCUUUCUGCAGAGUCUGCCAGAGGAGAGCCGAGAAGGCUCAGCCCACCCAGAGGCCAGACUCCCUCAGCAGCACACCAGGACAGCAGGGCAGGUGAAGGACAAGAACCAGUCGGAGCUGGAAUGGGACGACAGCUACGACACCGGUAUCUCGUCUGGGGCAGACGUGGGGUCUCCUGGGCCUUAUGACGAGGUGGAGACUCCAGCCCCACCAGCACCCAUGGAGCCCCCCAAACACAUCCAAGAGAUGAAGAAGAACGCCAUCCUCCUCUUCAAAGGGUCCUACAUUGAAGAGUCAGACUUCCAGGAUGAUGUGAUGGUGUAUAGGCUGUGUGCAGAGAAGGACUCCGAGGACACCAGCGAGCCACAGGGGGUCACGGCCGACCCACCAGCCGAGGCCCAGCCCGAGGCCCAGCCCAAGGCCCAGCCCAAAGAGGACCAGAGUCCCCCCGUGAGCAAUGGACCUCUCUUUAGCCCCGAUCCUGAGGCAGAGCCACAACCCAGCCUGGAGAGUUCAGACCUAUGUCAGAGUGUGUUUUCUGAAGCCACGCAAGAGCAUGACGCUGAUGUAGGCUUGGACUCAAUCUCGGAAUCGAUAGUCCCUGCAUCUGAGGCAGAAGUCCAUUCAGACCUGCCGGCCACCAACACAGACAGUGAUGCCUUGGACUCAAACUCGGAAUCGAUAGUCCCCGCAUCUGAGGCAGAAGUCCAGUCAGACCUGCGGGACGCCAACACAGAGAGUGAUCUCAUUGCACAGUACGACAAGAUCAUCCAAGAACUGGAUUCUGGCCCCGAGGGCUUGAUGGGCCAGACCAUCGCCAUGUCUGACCCCCUGAUCCUUACAAACCAGGACGAGAGGAGAGAGGAAGGCAGAGAAGAGGAAGAGGACGACUUUGACUCCCUCAUGGCAGCAAGUCCUGCUGUGGAGACUGUGCCUUCCCCAUUUGGCAUCAGAGAGGACACGGCCUUGCCCAGUCGCCAUCCCGUGAGGACUCAAAGCGCCCCAUUCACAGGUCCAUUCAUCAGUGUGGUCCUGUCGAAGCUGGAGAAUAUGCUGGAGAACUCUCUGCAUGUCAACUUGCUGCUGAUUGGCAUCAUCACCCAGCUGGCCAGCUACCCGCAGCCACUCCUGCGCUCCUUCCUCCUCAACACCAACAUGGUCUUCCAGCCUAGCGUCCGCUCUCUCUACCAGGUCCUUGCUUCUGUGAAAAACAAGAUCGAGCAGUUUGCUUCCAUGGAGAGAGACUUCCCAGGGCUCCUCCUCCAAGCCCAGCAGUACCUGCUUUUCCGGGUGGACAUGUCUGAUGUGACCCCUGCAGCAUUCGCCAAAGAUCCCACUCAGGACGUCUCCAGGACAGAAAGUGACAAGACCCUAACGGAUGGCCCCCCACGCGUGUUUCAGCCCUUCCUGGGCAACAGAACCAAGGUGGCAGGGGCACCCCCAAACCUGCCUCUGCCAGUGAAGAACACCAUGCUGGCUGCCGCUCUCUUCCCAGAGUUCCUGAAGGAGCUGGCAGCCUUGGCCCAAGAACACUCAAUUCUGUGUUACAAGAUCCUGGGGGACUUCGAGGACUCCUGCUGUUAGCUUUUUAUAUUACUAUUUUAAUA